AUGACCACCUGAAGCCACCAGGUCACCUCCUCCAGCCCCAUGACGGGCUCCUGCAGUGUCAGAGGUGGCUCCCGUCCCUUCUUCUCCAUCUUGGCCCCCAACGCCUACGGUCACCUCCCCUACUUCUCCUCUGGGGGAGCCUUCGGGCUGGGGUGGGAGAGCUAUGGCGGAGGACUUAGCAGCAGCAGCAGCUUUGGUGGAGGAUAUGGAGGUUUUGCUGGCUAUAGUGGAGGCCUUGCUGGUGGCUUCAGUGGUGGCGAUGGGCUCCUCAUUGGCAGUGAGAAGGUGACCAUGCAGAACCUCAGUGACCGUCUGGCUUCCUACUUGAACAAGGUGCGCGCCCUGGAGGAGGCCAAUGCUGACCUGGAGGUGAAGAUCUGGGAGUACUGGAGGCAGCAGCCCGCCGAGACCAAGGACGACAGCCCCUGCAUCAAGACCAUCGAGGACCUGAGGGACAAGACGGUUGGUGCCAAAGGGGAGAACUCCCGGCUGGUGGUGCAGAUUGACAAUGCCAAGCUGGCCGCCGAUGACUUCAGGACCAAGUUUGAGAACGAGCUGGCCCUAUGCCAGGGCAUGGAGGCUAACAUCAACGGGCUGCGCAGGGUGCUGGACAAGAUGACCCUGGCCAGGGCUGGCCUGGAGAUGCAGACUGAGGGCCUGUAGGAGGAGCUGGUCUAUCUGAAGAAGUACUUUGAGGAAAUGCUUGCUCUGUGGGGCAAGAAUGGUGGCGACAUCAACAUGGGGAUGGACGCGGCCCCAGGCAUGGACCUGAGCCACAUUCUGAAUGAGAUGGGUGACUGGUACGAGCAGAUGGCUGAGAAGAACAGCGGGGACGCCGGGGCCUGGUUCCUCAGCAAGACCGAGGAGCUGAACAAGGAAGUGGCCUCCAACAGCGAGCUGAUCCAGAGCGGCUACAACAAGGUCUCAGAGCAAGCAUCCCUGGAGGGCAGCCUGGCGGAGAUGGAGAACCAGAGAACCCCUGCUGUGCAGCUGUCCCAGAUCCAGGGCCUGAUGGGCAGCAUGGAGGAGCAGCUGGCCCAGCUGGGCUGCAAGAUGAAGCAGCAGAGCCAGGAGUACAACGCGCUGCUGGAUUUGAAGACGGGGCUGGAGCAGGAGAUCGCCACCUACCGUCGCCACCUACCGACGCCUGCUGGAGGGGAAGGAUGCCCACUUUUCCCCCGGCCAAGCUUACUCCUCUGGGAAGUCCUCCACCAGCCCCGGCCCAUCCUCAAAGAGCAGAGCUCAGCCAGCCUCGGCUGUACUUCUGAACUCCGAGAUCCUCCUGCCUCAGCCUCCUGAGUGCUGGGUGACAGCUGUGCGCCCCCAACACCUGACUUCUGCUGACCUUUUUAACUGCUUGUCUCCGUGAGCACUUAGACCUCUUCACACAGCGCCACCCGCUGCCAUGUGUGCACCUUGCCUUCCUACCUGGUCACAUGUCCAAAUUUCUGGUUAGAGACACGUUUGAUGUUUAUUUGACUGUGACUAUUUCUAUGUUGUUCACAGUUACACUAUGUUCCCUGGGAAUAAACACCUCUUUUUCAA